CUGCACUCCUCCAUCACUCAGAAGCACAAUAUCUCUACAAACCUUGCACAUCACGAGUUCUACACCCACCAAGCCAAGAUGUCAACCAAGUCCGGCUUGAUGCACUACAUUACUGUGACCCGCGAGGUCGACGCUCCCAUUGGCGAGCUCUGGGGCCUCGUCGCUGGCUUCGGUGCAGAAAAAGCCUGGUACCCAGGAGCAAAAUCCGUUUCUCUCGAAGGAUUUGGUAUUGGAAGCAUCCGUACAUUCUCCUACGUCUACCCCGCCGGACCAAAGAAGGGCGAAGAGUACUCUUUCUCAGAGGAACUCACCGAGUGCGAUGCUCCGAACUACUCUAUGACCUUCCGAGUCCGUAGACCAGAUUAUCCUGACAUGGUCGCAUUUGGUACGACCGCUCUGACCUCGCUCGGAUCCAACAAGACCCGGUUCGACUGGUCUGCUGAGGGCUCCCCCUUGCCCGAAGAUGUACACGCCGUACUGAAAGCAGAUCUGCAAGAGCGCUUUGAUGGCCUUAUUGUGGCAAUGGCGAAUCAGCUCGUCUGAAAGCGGUCUUUGGCGCUUUCCGAGCUGCUCAAUGAUCUCGAGGGAUCAGUGUUAUGCUAUGCGUUUGGAGGACAGAAGAGAUGGGAAAGUGCUUGGGAAAAGACACCCAUCGAGUAGCAGCAGUAGCGACAGUUCGCUGUCAUCAAUAUCAAGUGCCCGUGUCUUGAAAUUUCUGGUCUUGCCUAAAUUGACAUGUGUACGCGUACUUGUAACUAGCCUUUGUAAUCGCCA